AGUUGGGAACGUCACAUUCCUGCAUUCUCUUAGCCUGUGUCACAGGAGCCCGGUUUCUGUGUCGUUGGACAGCCUGGAAAAAUAAGAGCGAAAAUAAGCCCUCCUUCUGCCUCCACCUUCCCAAGCUCUCCCCAGUCGGGACUCAUGCACCUCCAAGAAGGAAUCUGACCCCCUUCCCCUUUCCUUCCUCCCUCGGAAUCCACCCAGAGGCUCCCUCUUCCUCCUCUCCAGCCCAGCCUUGGCUCUCCAGAAAGGCCCCUUCCGCUCUUGGCUCCCUAUCCAGAGUGAUGGAAAAUUCUUCUGCGGCUUCUGCCUCGUCUGAGGCAGGGAGCAACCGUUCGCAGGAAAUCGAAGAGCUGGAGCGUUUCAUCGACAGCUACGUUUUGGAGUAUCAGGUCCAAGGCUUGCUAACAGACAAGACGGAAGGGGACGGGGAGAGCGAGAAAACGCAGUCUAAUGUCUCGCAGUGGACAGCUGACUGCAAUGAACAGGUAGAAGGCAACCGUUCCUCCUCGCGAGGCAAGAACGUAGCACCUCAUAAUCAAAACCAGGAAGAGUGGGAUCACAGCAGCAGUGGCAGCUCAGGAUCCCAGCCUAGUUCAGGCUCCAGGCAUGGGUCUGUGUCAAAGUCUGGCGGCCGAGGGAGAAGCAGCCAGUUCAGUCAUUCAACCAAGAACGGCAACAAAGACAAUUCCCUUGACAUGCUGGGAACAGAUAUCUGGGCAGCCAAUACUCUGGAGUCCUUCAGCGGUGCCACCUGGGACUUGCAACCUGAAAAACUUGACUUCACACAAUUCCACAGAAAGCUCCGCAACACCCCCAAGCAUCCCCUCCCACACAUAGACAGAGAAGGGAUCGGAAAAGGGAAGAGCGAGGACGGAGAUGGAAUCAACCUCAACGACAUAGGGAAGGUUCUCCCAGCCUGGCAGGGUUAUCACCCGUUGCCACACGAAGCUGAAAUCGCACACACCAAAAAAUUGUUCAGGAGGAGGAGGAAUGACCGCAGGAGGCCAAGGGCUCCCGGGGCAAACAAGUCUCAGCAACACACGGAGCACCAACAGGGCACAGCCAAACACAACAGGGAACACCAGAAGCCCUCGCAAGGAGGCCAAGCGCCGCACUCCGCAGGCCGGCCCGGCCACCACGGCUACAGCCAAAACCGGCGGUGGCACCACAACCAGAAACACUCGCCCAACGACAAGGAGGCACACAGAAAUGCCAAAGAGACUGAGAACCUGAAAAUCGAGGACGCCUCUGUCUGCACGGUGCACAUCCCCCUGGAGGUCCACCGCGGCAGCGAAGGCACAGACAAGCAGUCGCCGCAGUACAUCCAGGACCCGGAGAGCAGGCGGAAAGACAGUCUCCACGAGCGGAUAAGCGAGAGGCCCAAAGUCAACUUGCUCCAGUCCUCCAAAGACAGACUACGCAGGAGGCUAAAAGAGAAGAUGCCUUGUCUUUCCCUUUUCACGGAUCAGGACGAAGUGGCCGUGGAGUCCACCAACCCUCAAAAGAACAAAAUGGACAAACUAAUUGAAAUUCUCAACAGCAUGCGGAACAACAGCAGCGGGGUGGACUCCAAGCUCACCAACUUCAUGGAGGAGGCCCAGAACUCCACCAACUCCGAGGAGAUGCUCGGGGAGAUAGUUAGGACCAUUUACCAGAAGGCCGUGACGGACCGCAGCUUUGCUUCCAUGGCCGCCAAGCUCUGCGACAAGAUGGCGCUCUUCAUGGUGGAAGGCACCAAGUUCCGAAGCCUCCUUCUCAACAUGCUACAGAAAGACUUCACCGUGCGGGAAGAGCUGCAGCAGAGCGACGUGGAGCGCUGGCUGGGCUUCAUCACCUUCCUCUGUGAGGUCUUUGGCACCAUGAGGAGCAGCACUGCGGAGCCCUUCCGAGUCCUCGUCUGCCCCAUCUAUACCUGCCUCAGGGAGUUGUUGCAGUCUCAGGACAUAAAGGAAGAUGCUGUCCUUUGCUGUGCAAUGGAGCUGCAAAGCACCGGCCGGCUCCUGGAGGAGCAGCUGCCCGAAAUGAUGAUGGAGCUCCUGGCGAUUGCCCGCGACAAGAUGCUGUGCCCCUCGGAGUCCAUGCUGACCCGGUCCCUCCUCCUGGAGGUCAUUGAGCUGCACGCCAACAACUGGAACCCCCUGACGCCCCCCAUCACGCAGUACUACAACAAGACAAUCCAGAAACUGACAGCCUGAGAGGGAGGCGGGGUUGGUGGUGGAGAGCCAGGAGAAGGAGGAAGACACGCACUUUAAAAACAAAACAAAAAGCAAAACACAACAGGAGAGAGAGAGAGGAGAAAGGAUUUGGGCAAGGAACUGAGCUACAGCAACCAGGGAAAGGACCGAGCGACCUUUUGUGGUCCAGAUACCUAAGAAGAAAAACUCCCAGCAUGCUUACGAAUAUGUUCCUGGGGGCGAAGCAUGUUUCUUUUCAGCCGUGUCCUCAAGUGCCGUUGCCGCCCCCCACUCCCUCCGUGCCUGGUUUUUUUUGUUUUGAGGCUCCCCUUUCUCCAUCCCGCCCCCGUCACUCAUUCAGCCCCACAUCCCGCCGGGUCAUUGUUUCGGUUCGAGAAAGAACACGGCGGACUUGAAUAGGGAGCGCGGAGAGCCAGGCAGAGCUGGCUUUCACCAGGCGCCUCCUGGCUUGCAGUGACCAACUGGCAGGAGGCAGAACGCAGCAGAUGUCUUUUGGGGGGACAAAGGCAGACACGUUCCACACCAGACUCUGGUAAUUGACAGCUUUUGUCAGGCAAAGAGACACCCCCCUCCUCCCCCCCUCCUUUCUUCCACUCCUCUUGUCUUCAUGGUUUUGUCUCCUUCGCUUUCCUCCUGUUCCACCCCCCUUUCAUCCGACCCUGAAACCCCCAUUCCAGAUUAGACAUUCAGAGGGGAUAAAAUUCUCUCUUUCACUCUCUUUUUUUUCCCCCUCCCAAAAAAGAAAAAUUGCACUGGGUAUUGUUUCUUUUCUUUUCUCAUUGGUGUAUUAUUUUAUGCACAUUAUGUAUAGCAUAUAUCUUAUAUAUACGAACGAACGGACAAAUUGCUAUCUUGAGUUUUGGGAAGCAAAGAUAAUGUUACGACGCAAGCGGAGGGUUGCUUGAGGACCUCAAAGUACCGGGAGCGCAACCCCAAAGCCACUUUAGAAGUAUUAUAGCCACA